AUGAGACCGUCUUGUUUGUUACAACGCAUUGCUUUCUAUGCUCAACCAACUGCAGCAUGGAGAGCUAUCAGUUCUUUGUAUAGUGGAGUUAUAGACGUAUUCGAUCGUCGCGCCAAACGCCGCCAGAAAAAUCGGACAUGCGUGGGCGUGGACGAAGAUUUUACUACUUACCAUUACCUUAGAGAUGAGGUGGCCUACAGGGUCGUUGACAGAAUGAGAGACGUAUCUAGGUCGUUUGAGCUUGGUUUGGAUUUGGGUUGUGGUCAUGGUCACAUAGUUCAGCACAUUGAUCAAUACGAUAUGCAACAACUCGUUCAAUGUGACCUCGCAGAAAAAGUCAUUCUUACCAGUCACGUGCAUCAAGCUAUUCCUACAACACGGUUACAUGUUGAUGAGGAGUUCCUUCCAUUCAAAGACAACGUGUUUGAUGUCGUGUUGAGCAGUUUGAGUUUGCACUGGGUGAACGAUUUACCGGGAUCAUUACAACAAAUAUGUGAAGUGUUGAAGGAGGAUGGAUGUUUCAUUGGCUCUAUGUUUGCAACAGAUACAUUAUAUGAGCUCCGAUCAUCUUUUCUGCUAGCUGAACAAGACAGAGAAGGUGGCAUGGGACAACACAUUAGUCCAUUCACUUCCAUGCAAGACAUGGGAGGCCUAUUAACUCAAAGUGGUUUUAAUUUGACAACCAUUGAUAUAGAUGACAUUGUUGUGAAUUAUCCGACCAUGUUUGAGUUGAUGAAGGACUUGAGGAGAAUGGGAGAAAACAAUGCAGUACGAAGACGAAGAAGUUACAUACCAAGGGAAACACUCAUAGCAGCUGCUGCCAUCUACAAGACGUUGUAUGGUAACGAGGACGGUAGCAUCCCAGCAACAUUUAGGAUCCUGUCUGUGAUUGGAUGGAAACCAAGCAAGUCACAGCCCCAACCUGCAGCAAGAGGUUCUUCGGUAGUUUCGUUAAAAGAUUUAGAGGAAAUUGUUAGCAAUGAUAGAAGGAAGACAUAACC